UGACCAUGGCAGGGGUGAAAUGAGAUAAACUUUAAUGUCCCUUCCAACUUGAAUGAUUCUGGAAUUCUCUGGAGUCCUUAAUGGAAGCAGAAUGGCUAGAAAAAGGAUUUAAAUUCGAAUUUAGUAAUGAAAGGCUAGACUUGUUUGUUUAAAAACCACUGUGGGAUGUGGCUGCAGGGAUGCUCACCACAGGGACCAGAGACCAAACCUCUGGGAAUCCCAGGGCUUCUGGGAUGGCUCAUCUGCUCCCUGGUGGGUUUGAGAUGUGCCCAAAAGUGCCUUUUGUUGGCAAGAAAUACCUGUUUGUGUACCUAGGUGCUUUAAUGCUCUGGGUUUUAUUUACAGCAAGGAAGUAGAAUGGAGAAGAGAAAUGUGUGGUGGGAGCUGGGCUGUAAGAACAGGCUCUGCUCCAGGGAAGGUCACUUCCUGUGCUCUGUCCAGGCAUGGGGACUUGUUUCUGUCAUGAUUCAGUGGAAUACACCAGCCUUUAUGAAAGUAUUUCUGACACACAUUUUCUGCCAGCACUGUGCUGUUCUCAGGCUGCUCUGCUGCUCUCUGAGCUGAGCUGUCACACAGAAGUUUGGGCAGCCAGGGCUCCCCACCCAGCUGGGGCUGGCUGAAGUUUGUGCUGACAGUGUGUGCCCUAGAAAUCUGCAUUUUCCUGUUGUAUUCCAGAGGCAGUGACCUGAAAAACAACCACAGAAAAUCUUGGCACUGCUUCUCUCCUCUCAUAUCAGUGCCCUAAGUCUCAAAGAAACAUUUGUGAUCCUUUGUUGUUGAGGAGCACAGAGAUCUUACUGGAGCGUCUUGUAUGAACAAAGUAUUUAGGAAAAAUGAUAUUAAAUUAUCUCAGAAAGAUUUUUACUUAAUGCCACAGGCAGACAUGAGGUGACUCUUCUCUGCCUGGUUUCCCAGGGUAACACAAGGCAGGAACAGAGAUAAUGUUUUGUCUGUGAUCUGCUUUUACAAGCACUUUCCCAUGCCCAAUAAAACACAGUGUUGUAAAAAAUGAAUGUAACUGGCUGAGUGCACAGUGCUUUCUGGAAACCUGAGCUGCAGCAGUGCAGUAAAACAGACAUUUUGGUGUCUGUGCAUUGUUAUUUUCCUUUAGCACAAACCCCAGAAUCACUUAGGACUCACAACCUUUCCCUUGUGUCUCUCUGAAGACUGGCAGUUAAUUGUAGCUCUGCAGUCUCUUAGCUCUGGAGAGAUUUUCAGCUAAAGUUAUCAUGAAAAAUAAAAAUAGCUCCUGGCUUUAGGUAGUUCUGCUGCCUCUUUUUGCAAGUCCUGCCUUGGGACAGGGCUGGAGCCUGAGGUUCAGCUCAGUGUGAAGUUUCUCCCUCCUGUGUUGCCCUGGGUGAAUGUGGGCAUGGGAAUGGUUUUCAGUGACCCUCUCCUGCCUGGGUGAAAUCUUGUGUGUGUUAUCUACAAAGUUAUGGACAUUUCUUUUUUCUUUACUGUCCCUCUUCUCCUCUAUGUCUUCCCUUUAGUUACUUCUAGUAGUAACAGUGGUGUUGGCACUCAGUGCCUUGCUGGUGGGUGUAUUUUCCUUACCAGAUUUCUGAUUCUUUCCAUUUUUUUCAAUUUUUGUCUUUCAUCUUUUUCUCUGCAUGCCCACACUCUGUUUAAGUCUUAAUUUAAAGAUUUAUCAUUUCCUUCUGUGAAAAAUUCUUGACAUUGUGAGGAGUUUCUACCUGUUGGAGUCCAGAUAUAUUACUGCAUUUUGGGAGAGGUUGUGGAAUUGCACUGAUUUUUUUUUUUCUUUUUGAAGAAGGAAGGGAAGCUGUGGGCAUUCAGAUGAUUGGGUUUCUUGUCCUCAUUUAGAUCUCUGUUUGAUUUCUUUCUUUUUCAGAUUUACUAUCUACUCUGCCAGAACCAGUUUGGAUAAAGCUGAAAAAAAAAUCAGAUAUAAAAAGGGCAUCAUUUUUAUUAGAGCAUGUGCCUGUUGUUAAUUCUUGAUAUAGAAUAGUAUUAAAGCCUGACCUAAGUCUCUCAGUAGCUUAUAUUUGUGAGAGAUAAGAGAUGGAAAUGUUAUUUUUCUGUGUUGACUGUUUCUUGAAGUAAAGAAACAGUAUCAGAUCUUGAAGAUGUCUUGUGCUGGCUGAAAUUUCAAGUCUAAAGUGGGUCACAUUGUAAGAAUUAAAUCUCUAGAGACCUGAGAACUGCAGUGCCUGAUUGGAUGCACUGGAUUUCCUUCCUGGCACAAACAGGCAGCAGGGAUUUUAAUGCCAACAGGUUUCUCUGGAAGUGCUGUGAGGUUGAAAAUAAACGAUUUAUGUUAAUUGUGAGAUUUGGGAAGCACAGAAAUGAUAAACCUUCUGAACCUGGCAGGGCUUUAGGGGGUACCUCCCAUCCUUAGUGCCUGGGGAGAGUUGUGUGGAAUCAGAAGAAAACUGACUUUUUCUUAGUCCAGAUGCUGUCAGAUACUGCACUGAGCACAUACCCAUAAUAUUUCCUAAAUCCUGGGCUUUUAUCCUAAAUCCCCUUGCAGAUUUGCUGCAGUUUUUAGGAACCACACUGCUGAACUUUUCUUUUAAGGAUGAUCUCAGUCUCUUCAGUUCUUUAACAAGAUGUGUUUUCAGCUCUCCUGAGAACCAUCCCCACGGUGGAAUUGGCUGAUAACGACUCCACAAAGAGCAGAGAAAUGAAAAGGAAGGGGCUGAUUGUGUGUGCAGCAAACCUGCCCUGAAUUCCUGAUAGAGGCAUCACAUUUAUCUGGUGUCAGCUCUGUUUUAAGCUCACAAGAUCUGGCUCUGCUCCCAGGGAACAAAUAAAAAGUUGCACCUGGGGAGGUUUAGAUUGGCUAUUGUGGAAAAUUUCUGCGCUGAGUGGGACUGCUUGGCUCUGUCAGAGUCACUCUGCAUGUGAUCAGAGCGCUGGUUUCAGCCUUUCACUGCUUUCUGCUGCUCACUCACAAAUAACUGGGCACCUCCCUGCCAUUCCAUUGCAGUGACCCUGCUUUGGAGGCUCUGGUGAGUGAUGCUGUGUCAGCUCCCGUGCUUCGUGUUCAGCUGGGCUCUCAGUUUCCUUUUGAACAGCUCUGGGGAAGUCACAGGGUAGGAGUCACCAUUCCCAUGGAGACCUUUCUCAGUGAUCAUGUGCAGCCACUCAAAAUCAAAGCUCCUCUGCCCCUGAAGGCCCAAAUUCUGCUUUACCUGAUCCUUAAAGAUGGAAACCUUUCUCUGAGGGGGGAGCUGAGCAAGGAAGUGGAGAAUGGGACCUCUGUCCUCAUGAAGACUCUGCUCUGUGGCCUUUGGCUGUUCAUUCCCAUUGCCCCUGUUCUCCUUGGAGUGGAGUGCUGUAUGACACAAUUCCAUGUCUCUGGGUGGCUGCCCACCACAGGGACUGCUGCCAGCUUUUCCAGGGGAACAGCAGAGGCAUUUUCUUCUUAGGGAGAACCACAAGAUGGAAAAUCAAACUCCGAUGGAAAAUCAACAUUCCUGUGCCCCUGAGUGCCCGGAUUCUGCUUUACCUGAUCCUUAAGGAUGGAAACCUUUCUCUGAGGGAGGAACUGAGCAAGGAAGUGGAGAAUUAUCCUCAUGAAGACCCUUUGCUCUGUGAGCUUUGGCUGUUCAUUCCCAUUUACCCUGUUCUCCUUGGAGUGGAGUGCUGUAUGACACAAUUCCAUGUGGGUCCCCACCAGCUUUUCCAGGGAAACAUCAGAGGCAUUUUCUUCUUAGGGAGAACCACAAGAUGGAGCAAAAUGAUUCCAGGAGCUCCUGUGUUUAACAUCUCCCUCUUUCUGUCUAAAAACAUCAACAAGAAAAGCUACUGGAGACCCACUGUGAAGCUGGAAAAACCUGCCAUGGAAUGCCAGGACGUGUGGAAAACAGCAGGGCUGAGUUUCAAUCUGCUGCUGGGUUUGGACCUUCAGAGAGGGCUGUGCCAAGGUUAAGGGCACUCAGAGCAAACUGAAGGUCUCUCCUGGCAAUGCAUCUUUGAAUGCUGCACUAAAGGAGCUGUUAUAAGACAGAAAUCUGUUCUUUCACCUAUGCCCUGAACAGAAAUGAGGUCAAGUGUCUCUGGCUGUGCUCUGUGUGUUACUGAGGUGCUCCAGAGGCCAUUGAUGAGGAAACACUGCUGGAUAAGCAGCUGGGAGUGUCCCCUCCUGCCCCAUGGCUCACUCAGAGCCCUGGGCUUGGUGCUGAGCCCCCAGGAAUUGGUUGCCUGUUUGUGGCUGAGCUGUGCUUCAGCUGCUGCUGCCUCCCUGCAGAACAUCAGAACCCAGAAACUGAUGGUCAGUCCACUAGACAGAGAAAAUCUGGUUGUUAUUUUAUCAGCAUGUGGUGUACUGGCCUUCACCAGCUUGAGGUGAUGCUGAAGAUUGUUUUAUGAAUUUUAAAUUGUAGCAGUUUCCUAGAGAAAGUGAGGAUUGGUGGAUCCAAACUUUCCUGUGCAGCCGUGGCUGUUUUAUUGAUGCUGCUUUUUUUUAACUCACAUUUUCUAGACCAUGCAGGAGGUUGGAUUGAAUUCUCAUGUGUGUUUCUCCUGUUUUUGUGUUGUUCUGGGUUUUGCAUCAAACCUGGAGAGGUGACAGGAAUACAAACUUCAGGCUGUUAUGGUUUGCAGCAGAUACCACAGAGGUGCAAGAAAAGAGUGUUUCCCAGGCUUUGUGAAAUGAUUUUGUCUUCCUUCUCAGGUUUAAUGUAUUGCCUCUGUGAAGACAGGUGACUCAAUGAUCCCAGAGGUCUUUUCCAACCUAAACAAUUCUGUGAUUCCAAGGCUAGUUCUAGGAGCCUGGAAAACCCCAAAGUGCCAAAUAAUUUUGUGUAGAACACUGUCCUGCAUUAAGCAAUGGUGGUUGGGCUUCUGUGCUAAGCCAUGGCCACUCACACCCCCCCUAAAAUGCUUGGGCUCACAAAUCACCUCAAUCUUCCUUGUGUUUGUGUUUUUGCAGAGCUGACCCUGAACCCACCAGAAGGGAUUGUGGCAGGUCCCAUGAAUGAAGAGAACUUCUUUGAAUGGGAGGCCCUGAUCAUGGGUCCUGAAGACACCUGUUUUGAGUAUGGGGUUUUCCCUGCUAUCCUGAGCUUCCCGCUGGAUUACCCGCUGAGCCCUCCCAAGAUGAGGUUCACCUGUGAGAUGUUCCAUCCCAACAUUUACCCAGAUGGGAGGGUGUGCAUCUCCAUCCUCCACGCUCCUGGGGAUGAUCCCAUGGGUUACGAGAGCAGCGCGGAGCGGUGGAGCCCCGUGCAGAGCGUGGAGAAGAUCCUCCUGUCUGUUGUCAGCAUGCUGGCAGAGCCAAAUGAUGAAAGUGGAGCCAAUGUAGAUGCCUCCAAGAUGUGGCGGGAAGACAGAGAACAAUUUAACAAAAUUGCCAAGCAGAUUGUGCAGAAGUCACUUGGACUUUAAGCUCUCAGAGAGACUGAAGUGUUUUGUAUUUCUCUCCACCUGGAAACGAGCAGUGCUCAGUGCUGGUACCAAAAAGGAAAACUUUGUAAAACUAUUGGCCUAGUUCUUAUAAUUCGUUAUUUAUUUACCAUCUCUUUUCUUCCACUGCUCCAGGGAAGCCUCUAGUUCACUCACUAAAUUGUGUGGAAAAGGGAUUCAAUGGUAGAGAAAAAUACAGAGACAAUGCUGUUUCAAAGGCUGCUUGUUGCUACCUUCCUUUGUGGUGUGGAAAGCCUGGAGAUUUGGCAAUCUGCAGCCCUCCCUCACCCAUCUGCUGUUGGAGAGCAGUGCUGGUUUGGAUCAUCUGCGGGCAGAAUUAGUUGUGUUUUUAUUGAUAGCAUUGCAUCUGGAGCAGCAGUAGACAGGAAUUACUCUAUCCAUUCUGUACUUGGUAGGUUAAGGGCAGCAGUUGCAGUCAGAGCUGAUUUGAAGAGUAUAGUUAGCAGGAGAGGCUGUAAAGCAGGGCUGUAGUCAAAGUGUGUUAGCAAAGAAAGGAGCUUUAGGCAGUGAGCUGUGAGGGCUGGCAGGGGUCUGGAAUGGCCUGGUGUUCCCAUGCACCACUGUGAGUUUGUACUGAGCCUUUGAGUCACUGUUGGCUUGGCAGCAAUCCCAAGAGCAGCUUUGUUAAUCCUUGAGGACACUCAGCUGUAAACUCCACACUCAGAGGCACAAGGUGUGAAGGCUGCAUUGUGCAAGGGCACCUGGCUGAGGUGGCUCAUUGGCAGCUGGAAAAUCCAGUGAGGAUGUUUUUGCUCUGCUGGGCAUGUUCACAGCUCUGCAAGAAUACCAGCUCACUCUGGUGACCUGUGAGUGCUGAGAGGAUUUGGCACUGCUCUGCCAUCACACCUGUCACCCAUUUUCAGGUGAAUGAGCCAACAUGAACAUGAUGGAGUUACAAAAAUCACUGAGUGCUCUGUGUGUUAAAUAGGAAGCAGAGAGGAUGGGCUGUUUGCUCAGUGAUGGUACUAGGUGUGCUUUGGACAUUGCAGUGUUGUAGCCAGUGUGCAGGAAAUACCAGCUGGUCAGUUCCUAAAACUGCUGAGGGGCCUCUCCUGACCUUUCUGCUUUGCAAGCCAAUCUCAUGUGUAGGUCCAAAUUUCUCCAAUUUACUACAAGCAAUAACAUGCCCAUUGAUAGCACAUGGAACCCAAUUUUGUUGGCAGCUUUAAAUGGGCUAAAUUUGACAAGGGCUGUUGUUUUUUUUUUAAUGUGAAAAAGUGUGAUGUGGAAGGAGUCACACCAUGAAGAAAGCUUUGCAGAGGUGAUCGUGUGCAUGUGUGUGGUACAACUGUUCAGCAUUUCUGUCUUGCUGUCUGUGCUGCAGAUCACACUUGGCCAUUGUUGUGCACCUCUGGAGAGUUGUAUUGCUACAACCUGCUGAUUUUACCUCCUUGUAGAAAUAAUUGUGGCUUUGAUGUCAGGGUGGAAGUGGGACUGGACAUAGUUUGGGAGCAGAGAUGAUGAAAUAGUGUUGUACCUAACUAGUAUUUCAAGGCAUACAGGAAAAUGUAGCACUUUAUGCAAACUGGGAGUGUUUUGUGGAGCAGAGGGAGGAUUGUUCCUGGGAGUACUGCAGCCACCUUUGGGAGCAACCCUGGAGAGCUGCAGGAGCCACUGCAGAAACACAGACAUGGCAAAAAUGGGGUUUGCUUAAGUGCUGAGUGUUUUAUUCAUGUGUGCUUGCUCAUUAUCUUGAUUUUAUGGUGGGAUUUAGUCUGUAUACUGAAAAUAAAGUGCUUCUAUUUUCUCCUUUUA